AAAAAAAAAACGACUUUUUUUUUUUAAUAAUGCACGCUUGAUAUUCCCCUCUUUUUUAAUAAAAGAACCUUUUCUUUUUUUUUUAUUUCUAAAUUCAUGAAUCCACCUUUUUUAAGAACUGAAAGUCCAACACCUUUAAUCAAUUUAUCACAAUUAACCAACUCGAGACCACUUCACCCAACACGAUGCAUUCACACGAUUUCACAAGAAGACAGAAGCUCUAUCUUAUCCCUUGUAGCCAGUAAACGCUAUUUGUUCAGUGGAAUGUUUUAGGUUUAAAUUUUUCCGAAGACGAACAUAAAUUAUUCAGUAGUUCUGGUGAUGGUACUGUCAGAGUUUGGA